AAACGCAAGAUGAUCCUCACAACAUGCGCCGCCUGCGCCGCCCCACUGGCCCACACCGCGCCGCGAUGUAUUAGAUGCCAGACCAGAUACUGCAAUCAGACUUGCCAGCAUGACCACUGGCGCCGCGGCCACAAGCAGAUGUGUAAGAAAAUACACCGCGGCGGCAACGCGGAACAAUAUAAUGCAGACAAAAAAUACAAGGAGGCCGUCGCGAAGGCGGUCGAGAAGUGCGCCGACGACACGAAGGGCCAGACGUGCUACAUCUGCACGCAGGCCCUCCAUUGGAAGACGAAGGAGGGCCUCGUGCGUGGGUGUGCGUGCCGUGGCACGGCGGGCUUCGCGCACGUGUCGUGUUUGGCGGAGCAGGCGAAGAUUUUGUUCGCGGAGGCCGAGGAGAAUAAUUUGGACCAUAAGGCGAAGGAUGAUAGGUGGGCGCGGUGGUUCUCGUGUAGUCUGUGCAAGCAAGAGUACCACAGUGUCGUGGCGUGCGCGCUGGGGUGGGCAUGCUGGAAGACGUACGUCGGGCGGCCGGAGGCGGAUGCGGUUCGCAUGGCGAUGGGCGUACUUGGGAGCGGUUUACACGUAGCAAGAUACUACGCGGACUCGUUGUCCGUGAAGGAAGCCGAGUUGUCUAUGCUGCGGCGCCUUGGCGAACAAGAAGAGCAUAUCCUCGUCACUCAGACCAAUCUUGCGGGCACGUAUCAUGAGAUCGGACGGUUUGAAGAGGCCAACCGCUUGCUGCGAGACGUAUACUCCGGAUGGCUAAAGUUACAAGGCGAAGAAGAUGAACGAACCAUCCAAACAGCCAACAACUACGCGAAUGCCCUUGUUCGUCUAGAGCGUUUCGAAGAAGCCAAGCCACUGAUACGCAAACAGAUUCGCGUGGCAAGACGCGUUCUCGGAGAAGGGCAUAGAGUCACGCUCAAACUGCGGUGGCUUUACGGGCGGGCGCUCUACGGAGAUGUCGGCGCCACGCUCGACGAUCUCCGCGAGGCCGUGACGACGCUCCAGGACACGGAACGGAUCGCGCGGCGCGUGUUCGGCGGCGCGCAUUCGACCACAGGAGGGCUCGGGCGCGAUCUGUCCAAAGCUCGAUUUAACCUCAGUGUCCGCGAGACGCCGUCGCCGGGGAAUGCGUAA